AUGGGCUGCGGUGCCUCCACUAGGCAGAAGGACGAUCGCCAAGCUUUUCUCAUCGUGCCCCAGGUGUCGGAAUUCAGUGCUGAUGAAGACGAACCCGAACCUCCAAGAGACAUUCGGGACUUCUAUGUGCUUGGCGAAGUGCUGGGAAGCGGUGCCUUCGGACAAGUCCGCAGCGCCUGCUUGAUCAAGGAUCCGAGCGAGCUUCGAGCUGUCAAGGUGUUAGAGAAGGACGGGAAUGUGUGCCGAGAGGACCUAGACCAGGAAGUGGAGCUGCUUGGGCAGCUGGAACAUGAGAACAUCAUCCGCUUCCACGAUGUCUAUGAAGACAUGCACUUCCUGUAUAUUGUCACAGAUCAUUGCGCCGGCGGCGAAGUGUUUGCGAAGAUCGUUGAGCUGAGGAGGUUUACUGAAGAGAACGCAGCUUUCAUGGGCAAGCAGAUGCUGGCCGCCAUCGCAUACCUACAUGACAAGCGCAUCGUCCACCGGGAUGUGAAAGCUGAGAAUUUUCUCCUGGCAGAGCCGACCAUCCACUCGAAAAUCAAGAUGAUCGACUUCGGAUUGGCAACCAGAAUUGAAGAAGGACAGUUCCUGACCGAGCUCUGUGGGUCUCCUCACUACGUCGCGCCGGAACUGAUCGGGCAGAGGUACACGGAGCUCGUCGACGUCUGGGCUUUCGGUGUCCUGAUGUAUCUGCUGAUGUACGGAGCCUACCCUUACGAUGGCAAGGAUCCCAAAGACAUCAUGAUCAAGGUCCUGACAAAGAAAAUCCCCUGGCAGAAGCGAGCGGUGCUGAGCAACACGUGCCUGGACUGCUUGACUACCGCGUUGCAGCACGACGUCACGAAGCGCCUCAGUGCCAAGGAGGUCUCCCAGCACGCCUGGUUCGACGGCUCGUCAGAAGGCAAUUCGAUUCCCAGCGAGGUCCUCCGAAGUGCUCACAGGAAGGUCACCGCUUCGAGGAGGACGGCGGAUCCCUCUGUCGAGCAGCAGCGCAACGAGAAGUUGCAGAAGUUGGAGGAAGACUGGAAGCAGGGCCUCCUCCCUGCGAACAUCCGCCCGGUACAUCGGCCGGAAGUGCUGCGGCGCAAGAACCGCUUGCGGACGGCGCCCUCCGUCGGAAUGAAGGACUCCCCUGCGAUAGCCCUGGCCCACCAUCUGGAUCUCUGCAGAGACCUGCUUUCCCAAGCCGACGCCAAGGGCUUCCUUGAGAGCCAGAACGAUUCCGCUUCCAUUGAUCUCGGAUGUCCAGGAGCAGAAGACCUGAUUGAUGCCGACUUCACGACCCUCACGCCACGCCUUCCUCCAGGAAUGAUCAGGAGCUCCCAGAGCUUCCCAGACCGGGACAUGAUUGGCUCCCGAGUUCGGGCUGCCUCGGAGGUCUUGGACUAG